UGUUUUAAUCGAAUAGAAAUCGUAAUUCACAAUUUCCCAAAAUUUCAGUUAGCGCAGGUUCUGCUCUAAUCAUAAAAUAGUGAAAAAUAACAAUUCAUAUAUAAAAACAUAUAAAUCGAUAUCUUAAAUAAUGCAUUAAUAUUGUCAGCCGUGCUAAUACAUUAACUUAUCGAACAAUUAUCGCAGCUCUGAUAAGUUUUAUGACAGAAUUUUGUCUUAACAUUUAUUUUUUCUGGUAUAAAAGAGCGAUUAGUAAAGUUUUCUAGCAUUCAUUGACUUCAAGUGGACCUAAUUAAACACAACAUGGACUUCAGCACUGCAUGCGAAAAAGCUAAGGCCUUCACCAAGCGCCCAACCGAUGAAGA